UCUGUAGCAACUGUAGCAGAGUAAGUCGUGAUCUCAGAUGAUCAUUACCCCGAGUCAAAAAAAUUAGUGAAAAACAAGUAUCGCUGAUCAAUAUUUUGGGUUCGAUACCUGUGGGAUAAUCAGAAAUAUUAUUUAGUAACACUUUUUGUGAGCAUAACCUUGAAAUUAGUUAUUUUCAUCAAGAAUUAUUCUCCAUUUUAUAGAAAAAUUAUUAGAGAUUUAGUUAAGAAUUCAGUGAAGAAUUAUGCUAAGACAUGGGCAACUUCUGCUCAUGAGUCGAUCGCGAAAAAAUUCUCUUAAAGCAAGAUAUUCACAAGAUGGUUUUCGAUCAUGUCUUUGACUUGCCGAUCUACUUUUAAUAAUGUUUAUGUGCGAGGGUAAGGCUUAAAUAUUAAAAGGCAACCAGAUUGAGGUUGCUCCUGCUCUUAAUUAUGAUUUGUAACUCAAGACAAGUUCAAACAAUCUUCAUCUCCAAAUUAAAGCUCAAAAUAGGAGAAUCUUGAUAUUUUUGAAUUUUUAUUAAAUCUGCAUAUUUGUUGGGAUAUGCCAGAGUCUUCAGUAAGUUAUUUAAUCCAACUUUUCCUUUGGCCUCGUCGGCAUUUUUCAUAUAUCUUUGACAAGACAUCUACCCAUUACAAUGGCAAAUGGGCAUAUCUAAUUCUAAGGACUCUAGAGAAGCUUCGAAACCGCAAAAUAUCAUGCUCAGUACAAUUUUUUCUUAAAAAGUCACUCUCUUGCGACGAAGCUAGGCUCUAAUAAAAAUGUGAGAUCUCUCAUUUUUAUUCAGAAAUUUAUUAAAUUAAUUUUUACAAAAUUUUCCUACUCUAAACUCUCAAUCUCAGAAUAAAGGAGGUUUUAAACAAUACAGCUCUGGAGGAUGGUCUUAAUAAUAGGAACAAUGACCAGGAAUGCUUCCAGGCUUAUAUUCGGCUUAGAACCCUCUCAUAAACUUCUAACUAA